AUGAGCGAUGACCCAACACCCUGGGACAACGCGACCGAGAGCGCCACGGUGAGUCCUGUGUCCCCUCAGGAUGGGUACGUGCUGCUCCUCGCCCUGCUCUCCAUCUUCAUCGGGGGCACACUGGUCCUGCUCUCGGGCAUCCUGAUCAUCUGCCGCCGCUGCUGCGAGGCCGACCGCCGGCACUCCAGAGCCAGCGAUGACCCCGAGAAAACCAACACCACUUACCUGGAUGACUCGCAGCAGGCACAGGAUAUCACCGGCAAAGCGGAGGACCCCGAGUGCCUGUCGUCCUCCAGCUACCGGGAUGCGGAGAGCGAGCGGUUCCUGUCCUCCAGCUCCUCCACUGCCCGGCGCGUCUCCUUCAACGAGGCCGCGCUCUUUGAGCAGGGCAAGAAGUCCCAGGAGAAGGGGAGGAGGUACACACUGACAGAGGGGGACUUCCACCACCUGAAGAACGCCCGCCUGACUCACCUGCACCUCCCGCCGCCUGCCCUCAAGAUUGUCACCAUCCACGAGUGUGAGUCCAGUGAGAACAGCCUGGCCAUGACCCCCCGCCUGCCCCCGCCCAAGCCUGGUCUUGCCAUCUUCCAGACCCCCGCAGGAGCCCUGCCCCGGCCAGUGCUCCCCAGCCAUGCCGUGGGCCCCAGCUCUGCCCUGCCCGGGGACACCUACAACUCCACCGUGGACACCAGCUUCACAGAGGCCAGCCCGUCCGCCUCCUCCGACUCCGGGGAGGGGCCCUCGUUCACAGCAGCACCCAGGAGUGCUGGGGCGGGCAGUGCCGGCCCCGGGGAGCCCCCCCCGACCCCUCCCCAGGGCACCGUCCUGCAGUUCUUCACCCGCCUGCGUCGCCACGCCAGCCUGGACGGGGCCAGCCCCUACUUCAGGAUCAAGAAGUGGAAGCUGGAGAGCACCCAGCGGGCGUCCAGCCUGGACACCAGAGGGUCCCCCAAGCGCCGGCAGUUCCAGAGGCAGCGGGCAGCCAGCGAGAGCAUGGACCAAGAGGACCGGGACCCCCAUCAGACCGACAUCAUCCAGUACAUUGCCCACACGGAUGACGUGGCCUUCCACCCCGCGGGGGGCCCCUUCCUGCCCUCCCCCGCCAGCCCCCCACCCUCUCUCGGCAGGCUAGAGCCGGGCGAGGGCGGCGCGGGCAGCCCGGGCGAGUCCGGCGUGCCCGAGCAGCCCAGCGCCUACCACGACAUCUGGAGCCUGCGCGCCUCGCUGGAGCUGUACGCGGCCUCCGAGCGCAGCAACGACCAGGACUCGGUGCGCAGCGACGGCGGGGACAGCGUCUCCUCCGCCAGCGGCGUGCCCCCCUGCCCCUCCCCUUCCCUGGACGAGGCUGAAGGCCCCGAGGAGAAGUUCUGGGGUCGGCCCAAGCCGGAGGAGUCGGAGCCCGGCACACGCAAGCUGCUGCAGAUGGACAGCGGCUACGCCUCCAUCGAGGCGCCCAGCCGGGGGGGCGAGGAGGGCCCCCCCAAGGACCAGACGGCCUCCGAGAAGCGCAUUUGCUUCACCAGCGCCGGGCGGAAAGGAACCAUCUUCGAGAGCUUCGAGGGCCGGGACCCCCUGGCCUGGUCCCCGUACGGGCAGAUGUUCCCGGGGCGGGAGGGGCUGCCCCGGCGGGACUACAGCAUCGACGAGAAGACGGACGCGCUGUUCAACGCCUUCGUGCGCCACGACCCGCAGUUCGACGAGUCUCCGCUGCGGGGGAAGCACCGCUCCCGCACGCACCUGCGCAAGCAGUGGCAGCACACCAAGCAGUUCAGCGACCCCGGCGUGCGGUACCCGGCGCUGGAGCGGCACCGGACGCCCCUGCGCCGCGGCGACAGCGCCAAUUAUCCCCUGGACUCCCGGUUCCACAGUCCCCUGCCCCGCAUCGUCAGCGCCGGCGACGAGGAGGCGGCCGAGGCGGCCGAUGGGGUCCCCCCUGCCCCGGCGCUGCCUGACCCCGAGAUCCAGGUGAUCGUGGAGGAGCCCGGAGAGGCAGCCCCCGAGCCCAAGGCUGGCUCCGAGCCCCUUGAGGACGAUGACUGCCCCGGCCCCGGGAGGUGCUUGGGGCUGGGCUCCGGCUCGGAGCUGAUGGACAAGAUCGCCGGCGGCCUGGAGGAGCGGCUCUAUGGGCACCUGAGGAAAGCGGCAGAGAGAGAGACCCCCGAGUGCACGGUGGCCGUGGCAGCCAGUGAUGCCCCCCCUGACCACAGCACGGUCUAG